AGCAAGAAACCAAUGUUGAUGUCUGUAGCCACCAAAAUAGCCAUGCAGUUGAACUGCAAGCUUGGUGGUGAGUUGUGGGCACUAGAAAUACCAAUCAAGAAUAUGAUGAUUGUUGGCAUCGAUUGCUAUCAUGACAGUGCAACAAAGGGACAGUCUAUUGGAGCAUUUAUUGCAAGUACUAACAGGACAAUAACCAGAUUCUAUUCCCGUGUCACAUUCCAGCAUACUGGACAGGAGUUGAUUGAUGGACUCAAAGUGUGCUUGCAAGCUUCUUUGAAGAAAUACCAUGAAAUCAAUAAAACACUGCCAGAGAGAAUAUUUGUCUACCGUGAUGGUGUUGGAGAUGGUCAAUUGCCAGCUGUCGUUGAACACGAGAUCCCCCAGCUGUUGGACUGCUUCAAACAACUUGGAUCUGAUUACAA